GCGGAACCGGAAGUCUGCGAUCUGCCGGAAUGAGAGCGUAGAAGAAGAAGCGGUUUCCUCCACGUGAGUCCGCAGCAACAUGUCGCCUCCAGGAGGGAGAAUAAACAGACCGAAGACCGAGUUGGGGAAGAAGCUGUUCAAGCGGCGGCGAGUUCUGGGCCGAGACAAAAGAAAGAAACGUCAGAUUGUUGGAGCCGUCAUGGAUGAAGGUCUGAUCACCGUCCAUCACCUGAAGAAGAGGAGGUCGAGUCCCAGAGCCAACAUCAGUCUGUCCGGGAAGAAGAAACGCAAACUGCUGAAGCAGCUGCAGCACAUGCAGCAGGAGAAGGCCGGUAUGGAAGGAUGGGAGGCGACCAAACUGCCACCUGAUUUAAAAAGAAAAACCUGAUUUAACUCUGACCUCCGAGUUUUACUGGGAUGGAAAGACUAACUUCACCCAAAACUCUCCAUUUAUCAGACAUCUGUGGUUCCAUCUGGAAAUGAACCAAAUCUGAGCUUCAGAUGGUGAUAUUUCAUUAAAAUCUAUUCAUUCUACUGUAUAAA